CCUGCUUUGCCUGCUGCUCCUGAGCGCUGCGGACACCGGCCCCGAAAGGGGCUCUGCCGUCUUCGCGGCCCGCUCCUGUACAGGAGGGAAGAGCCGCCCUGGGGAGAAAGGAAAGGGACGUGGGGGCGGCCACGGCAGGGGUAACCUCCAUUUCAGCUAAUCAUGGGAGAGAUUAAAGUCUCUCCUGAUUAUAACUGGUUUAGAAGUACAGUUCCCCUUAAAAAGAUUAUCGUGGAUGAUGAUGACAGUAAGAUAUGGUCGCUCUAUGAUGCAGGUCCCAGAAAUGUCAGGUGUCCUCUCAUAUUUCUUCCCCCUGUCAGUGGGACUGCAGAUGUAUUUUUCCGGCAGAUUUUGGCUUUGACUGGAUGGGGUUACCGGGUUAUAGCUUUGCAAUAUCCAGUUUAUUGGGACCAUCUUGAAUUCUGUGAUGGAUUCAGAAAACUUUUAGACCAUUUACAGUUGGAUAAAGUUCAUCUUUUUGGAGCUUCUUUGGGAGGUUUUUUGGCCCAGAAAUUUGCUGAAUAUACUCACAAGUCUCCCAGAGUCCAUUCCCUCAUCCUGUGCAAUUCCUUCAGUGACACCUCUAUCUUUAAUCAAACUUGGACUGCAAACAGCUUUUGGCUGAUGCCAUCAUUUAUGCUCAAAAAAAUAGUUCUUGGCAACUUUUCCUCUGGCCCAGUGGACUCUGUGAUGGCCGACGCCAUUGACUUCAUGGUGGACAGGCUAGAAAGUUUGUGUCAGAGUGAACUGGCUUCAAGACUUACCCUGAAUUGUCAAAAUUCUUAUGUGGAACCUCAUAAAAUUCGGGAUAUCCCUGUAACCAUUAUGGAUGUAUUUGACCAGAGUGCACUUUCAACUGAAGCUAAAGAAGAAAUGUACAAACUGUAUCCCAAUGCCCGGAGGGCUCACCUUAAAACAGGAGGCAAUUUCCCAUACCUGUGCAGAAGCGCAGAAGUGAAUCUUUACGUACAGAUACAUUUGCUGCAAUUCCACGGAACCAAAUACGCGGCCAUAGACCCAUCUAUGGUCAGUGCCGAGGAGCUCGAGGUACAGAAAGGCAACCUUGGCAUCAGUCAGGAGGAGCAGUAGCCAGGGCUUUGGCUGGCAAUGAUGAGUGAUCCCUGUACCGUCAGUGACGUCAGUGCCCGCCCGUUGGUUUCUCGGUUCGGUUCGUCAGGCUCACCGGUUAUCACUGUGUUUGGAAUAGAACUGUCAUCUUCAUGACAGGCGGCAGCUCUUCUCAGCCAGUGUAACUGCUCCCUGUCCGUUUUUUUAGCUUUUGAAUUUGAAGAGGUACUUUUGAAGACUCCAUUUUACGAAUUGUGAACAUUUUGCUACCAAAAGUCUUCCUCACUAUGUUCUUAUGUGAAUGUUCAUUUUUAAGGUUUGGGAUUUUGUGGGGGGGUUUUUUUCCCUUUUUUUUUUUUUCUUUCCUUUCUUCCUUUCUUUCUUUUUAUGUUACUUGCUGUAAAUGCUGCAUACCCAGAUUGUGUAUCAGAAGGACAUUGGUUAUUUUUAUGCUUUCUUGAUUAUAACCAUUACCAGUGCCAAGACGGUCUUCCUACAGUUUGUUCUCCUGUAAAUCAACUACUUCUAAUUUCCAGAUAAACAAAUUGUUUUCAAUUUUAGCUGUUGUCUUUCUAGUUUCAGUACAGUCUUUCUGUUUCAUUACAGUCAUUUGGAAUAAAAAUUCAGUUUCAGUGAA